GGGAGUGGAUACCGUAUAAAUGUCCGAAGUGGCGUUAUUGCUGGGCAUAAAGUUACCUGUCUCUGGAAAACGCAGGUUAUCUACUUGUGUUACUCUGAUACCGCUUCGAAGUUAUAUUUCUACUCUCACCCCGAGCUUUUGAGAUGGCUUCAAGGAGUCGUUGUUUCACACGUAAUUGGUGUACAUGAUGGAUCUAAUGGACAAAAGAGUAUUUUCAUGGAAACACCUCAUCACAUAUUGUGGCAUACAGCACAUCUAGGCUUGUCCAUCGGCGAGAAACAGGCGGUCAUUCGAGCUUACGAAACCUUGCAUGCACAUGGUAUC